AGAUUUUUGUAAAUGCAUGAAAUAAUUAUCUAAAUUCAAGCAACCGUAAGAAGUUAGAUAAUAACUGAGUCUCUAGUUUGGAGAGAACAUUUUCAGGAUUGUGAGAUGUUGGUGACGCUGUAGCUCCAAAUGCAAGAUGGUGUCAAUGGCGGUUCUGUUUUUAUGGGAGUGGUGUUGUAAUUCUUCCAGUUUCCAAUGUAAAGGUUAUUAUUUUCCCCGUGGCAGCAUGUUGAUAUAUUUCUCAUUAUUCUCAUUAGUAGUUAAAUAAAUCUGUUUGCUGUAAUUGUUUCAGCAUUGUUAUAUUGUGUCUUAAAAACAGUGUACAUUAUGUCGCUACUAGAAUCGAGAGUAGUGUGAUGACAAUGGAUGCUGACAUCAAGUCCCCUGGUGUGGAUGUUCCUGGGGUGAAGGGCGAUCCCAAGAUUUGUGGUGUGUGUGGUGAUCGAGCUCUGGGAUAUAAUUUUAAUGCAGUCACUUGCGAAUCCUGUAAAGCCUUCUUUAGAAGAAAUGCUCUCAAGAAAAAAGAAUUCCGAUGUCCCUUCACUGAGACCUGUGACAUUACUGUUGUGACUCGUAGGUUCUGCCAGCGUUGCAGGUUGCGAAAAUGCCUUGCAAUAGGAAUGCGCAAGGAUUACAUCAUGUCCGAAGAAGAUAAAGUGAUGAAGAGGCAAAAGAUUGAAUUGAACCGUGCUAAGAAAAGGCCUCUCAAUGAUUCAGAGAGUCAUUCCAAAUUAAAGUGCAAGCCGUUUGAUGAUAAUAUAGAGUCUGUGGCAGAUGCAGGGCUUUCUAUGUCAUCAGUGUCCAGUUGUCCUGAACAAGACAGUGUGUCAGCACCAGAUGUUAGGAAGACCUGGGUUGCAGAUGGCCUACAGUCUACUGAUAAUUUCAGCAAUGUGACUAGACUUAAUACUGUGAGCCCUCGAGCUUCCAUGUCUACUGACAGUCAUCAGAUGUCAGAACCAUUCCCUUCUCCCACUUCAGCUGCAAGCAUACCUAGUCCAUCUUCUCCUCCAGAUAGUGCCACAGUGGCUGCUUCAAAAACACUGGAAAUGCUCUCAGACAAUACAAACAAGCAGAUUGGUGCUGUUAGUGUUAUCACAUCACCAGUUGUUACACAGGGCCUUGUGCAUCCUUGUUUGAGUGAUGACGAUGGGUCUGUAAUGCAGAGGGCCAUACUACAUCACACAUCCAGAGAAGCACAUCUUCCUGAAACUAAUGAGACACCUCUGCUUUCUUAUCUCAUUGGUAGUGCAAAAGCUGAUGAUAUGUCACCUGAAGGAUACAUCAUUUCAUCACCACAACCAGCCCCUGUUGUUUCUGUUAUAAAGAAAGAAGCAUCAGUGUCCCAGAAUGUAAAUAGUUGGGACAGUAGAAGACAGAAUGAUGUUAUCACAUCAACAGACGGACAGUGGACUGGUGUGGUUCGUGACAACUCAAGGGAGAACGCAGCCAAAGAAAUCCUGCAAGAUGUACAAAGAAUUCCAGUAGCACCAAAUUCAAUUGAGUCCAUACUGAGUGAGGCCAUAAAACUGGAGUUUGAAGCCUACAGCUCUCUGGCAAAGUCUCAUCAGAACUCCCGGGAACUGAAUGAUGCUGAGAGGGCCAAGUUAAAUGAGUUGAUUGUUGCUAAUAAGUGUCUUCAUGAACCUCUGGAUGAUGACCUUUCAACCUUAGUGGGUGAUGACACACGAUUCAAGACAAGUGCAGAACACAGUCCAGUGCUGCUGGAUGUGAUCAAUUUGACUGCUAUCGCAAUUCGUCGCAUCAUAAAGACCUCCAAGAAAAUCAAUGCAUUCAAGAACAUGUGUCAGGAAGAUCAAGUUGCACUUUUGAAGGGUGGAUGCACUGAGAUUCUUAUUCUGCGUAGCGCAAUGACAUAUGAUCCUGACACUGAUCUGUGGAAGAUUCCUCACACGCAGGCAUAUCUUAACGUGAAAGUGGAUGUUCUGAAGGAAGCAAGAGGCAACAUCUAUGAGGAACAUCAGCGCUUUUUACGUACAUUUGAUCCUCGAUGGCGCACAGAUGAGAACAUCAUGUUGAUACUUAGUGCUAUUACUUUGUUCACACCUGACAGACCGCGGGUAGUCCAUCAUGAUGUCAUCAAGUUAGAACAGAAUUCUUACUACUAUUUACUUCGUCGUUACCUGGAGAGUGUAUAUGCUGGGUGUGAGGCUCGCUCCGUCUUCCUCAAGCUUAUCCAGAAAAUUUCGGAGCUUCACCGCCUCAAUGAUGAUCAUGUCCGAGUGUAUCUAGAUGUUAAUCCAAAAGAUGUUGAACCUCUUCUCAUUGAAAUUUUUGACUUGAAACCACACUGAUAACAUGUGUAAAACUUAUACGUACCUGAUUGGGGGAGUUUAAUGCAGGGUAAGUGAAGUAAUACGAGCUUGAGUUUGUAGUCCUGUACAUUAUACUGUAAUAGUAUAAUAGCAUGUGAAUUGAAUAUUGCAAGUAAUAUUGCUGAAUGGUUCGUAUGGCAGGCAGGAAAAAAAGGCAUAUUUGCUAUGUACAUACACAUUAUGUGAAUGUAAUUUGUUUUACAAGGGGUAAUAUAAAAGUAAGUCGUUCUGUAUUGUACAAAUGUUCUGUGGGAUGUUUUGCACUGUUGGAAGCACAGGGCUCCAUAUAUACAGUUUCUGUUCACUAGUCAUUUUGGAGCCUGUAGAGGACAGCAUAAUAUCAGUAAGCCGUAGUAGAGGAAUGUUUUUAUAUUCACCACCCGUGUGUUCCUCCCUCACCGCAUGUACAGGAACAUAUUUCUUGAAUUAUAUUUGAUAUCCAUGGCAUUUUGGAAAUUGUCUCUGCUUCUCUCUUCAUGUAAUUGAUCUCCAUAGUGACAUAAAUGUUAUUACUUCUCCCUUUUUGAUAUUAGUGCUGAAAGUUGUGUUCAGAUUCAGCAACUUUUGAAUACUGGACUAGUAUGCUCAGGAAUUUUUGUUAUUAGGUCUACUUAAUAUUUCUCAUGUGAUUACUUCGUUAAGUGAACGUAUGUAACUCCCACCUUGGCUUGGUUGGCUGAUUACUGUUACAGUGAUUGUUGAUUUUUUCAAUGUCCAAAUGAUCCAAUUUUCUUCUUUGUCAGUGAUUUCUGUUUUCUCCCAUGACAUGUCCCUUAUUCCACAAUUCUUUGUUAUUUCAUUUCUUGAACACAGUUCUGAAAUGAGCAGAGUUACUGUGUGUGGUGGAGUGAAGACUAAAAUUAUUUUUAAGUUGGAGUGGUUUUUGGUGACAUGCCUUUUGUACCAAGUUUCAAGAGAAUCUUUAUACUGGUUCAGAAGCCAAUAAUGGGCUAGACAUGCACGCCUGUUGCACACAGGGCUCGACAUUUUCACAUGUUUCAACAGGAAAGUGUGCG